AAAAAAUAAAAAUAUAUAUAUAAUAUAAAUUUAAAUAUAUAUAUAUAUUAUUAUAUAUUUCGAGGAAAUUUUCGGGCAUAAUAUAUAUUUUUUCUUAAUUUUUAAUGAUAAAAUAUUAAUUAUGGUAGAAAUAAACGAAAAUAAUGUAAAUAUUAAAGAAAAUAGAACGGAAAUGACUACGAAGGAAGAAGAAACUAUGGAUAAAAAAGUAGUGGAGGACGUUUCUAUUAAGAAUAAUAAUAAUGAACCUUCAACAACGACAAUGACUACAACAACGACAACAACAACAAAGUCAACAACAGAAGUGGAUAAUAUUUCACAUAGUAUAUCAAUAUAUGAUGAAAAAAAUAAUUUAUCAAUUAAAAGGAUAAUACAAAUUAUAGGAAAAGGACAUUCUAAAAAAAACAAUAAUGUGGCCGAAAAUUCAAAAAUUCAAAAUAAUGAUAAUGAUAAUUUAUUAAUUCAUGAAUUUGACGCAACAACAGAAGAUCCUUUUACUCUUGAAUCAUUUGAUACUCUUAUACAACAACAUUCUGAAAAAGAUAAAGAUUUUAUUAUUGCAAGAGUAACAACUGUUGACCCUACCGAUGAAUUAAAAUCUUAUCAUUCAUAUUAUUCUGGUCAUCAUAUUAAUAAAGUAUUAUUCAGAACUCAACCUGAUCAAGGUUUAUUACAUCGUAUGAAAGCUAAAAAUCCAUUAAAUAAUAUGAAUAUAAUUGGAGAUGUACAUUAUUACGUCGUUAAAGCGUCAAGCGUAAAGAAAUUACCAACAUUUACAAAAUCAUCUUCAAUGUCGACUACAUCAAAAAAAACAUUACGAGUUAAUGGAGAAUCAACAAUAAUGGCAACUUCAUCGCUUGAUAAAGUUGAAAAAGGUGUUACAAAAAUUAAUAUUGAUAAUAUUGAUGAUAUAAGGUCAAAUUCAAAUAAAUUACGUUCAGCUCCACCAUCAAUAUGGAAUUUUGAACGUAAUGAUGAUGAUGAUGAUGAAAAGUUUGCCAUUGAAAUGGAAUCAACUUCAAAUAAUAAGAGAUGGUCUGCUGAUGAUUCUUUAAAACCUCUUCCAAAAGCUAUUACUGCCAAUCAUAAUUCUUCAACUUCUGGUGCUGAUGAAAAUUUUGAAAGAUUAUUAACAAAUUUUAAAUUACAAACUUUUAAUAAUCAUGAUGAUAAUGAAAAUAAUAGUCAUUCAAGUAAAAUUAUUAUACCACCUUUAGUAAAUAAUGAAAUUUCCGUUUCAAUUUCACAUAAUGAUUUAAAAGAACAACAAAUUGACUCCCCAAUCACAUUAACACAAUCACCAACGAAGGAUUCGCAUUCAAUAUCAAUAAAUGAAGAAGAAGGAGUUGAAGAUGGUACAAUUUAUUAUAAGGCAAAAUUUUACGCGACUGAUGAUGAUUUCUUAAUGCAUUCCGUAAUACGACAUUUUUUUAAAGCAAACGCAUUGGAACCAAUGGACGCACAAUUAUUCACAAUAAAUACUUCAUCACAUAAUAAUCCUAAUGUGAAUGUAACUCCAAGUGCACGACUUGAAAGAAUAGUAACAGGUCAUGAAACGUAUUUAUUAGAUCCUAUGGUUAUUGGUAAUAUGCGACCUCCUGUAGCAAGAAGUAUAGAUUCGAAUGAAUUAAACGCUGUUCCGACUUCAAGAUGGCGGAGAGCAUUAAAUAAUAUGAGAAUGAAUAAAGGUUUAAGAUGGUUGGUACUAAUGUAUAUGAUAUUUGGAUUUUUAUUAAUUAGAUUUGUAGUUGCUGAAACUUAUGCUUAUUUAAUGGCUUUUCUUCUGAUGUUGUGCUUGUUUCUUGUAUUUUGUGUCGGAAGUGGUGUUGGAAUUUGGGGAAGAUAAUGAGUUUGUUUUGUUCUUUGAUAAUUUAUUUAUUUUUAUUUAUUUCUCUAAUCAACUUUUUUUAAUUUUGUUAUUUUUGUAACAUUUAAUUUAACUGCAUCGAUAAAAAAAAAAAAAAUUACUUU